UGUUUUAUUAAACUGUGUUAUUAUUUAAUUAAAAAAAAUAUGGAUUCUAAUGGUCAACAAUCUGAUAGUCUUAAGGAUAACAAAUGUAUGGAAAAUGAAAAACUAGUUUAUAAUCAACUCAUGAGAGGUAAGACACCCGAAGAUAUUAAGGAACAGUGUUUACAGUUAUGUCAGGACUAUAUUGCCGGUGAUUGGAUCAGACAGACAGUCGAAACCAUUGAAGUUAAGCGAAUUACCGGUGGCUUAACUAAUCAAUUAUAUAAAUGUUCAAUCAUUACACCCGAGGCUAACACUACGGUUCCCAAUGUUGUUGCUAUACGUAUAUAUGGUAUGAAAUGGACAAAAAAUCAUGUCUAUGAACACAAUGAAAGACUAAGUGAUAUAAUCAUAUCUGUGAUGGUUUCGGAAAAAAUGUUGGGACCAAAAAUUUUUGGUAUUUUUAACGGCGGAGAAAUCACUGCUUUCUAUAAACACCGACACUUCAAACUUGAAGAACAAAAAGAUGCAAAACUUGCCGAAAAAUUGUUCCGAAAGAUGGCCCGAAUUCAUGCCAUGAAUGUACCGAUAAAAAGAAAGCAUUGGAUGCUUAAUGAAAUGGACGACAACUAUCAGCUAUUUAUAAAGCGAUCGUCUAUUCCUCAACUAAUUGAUGAAUUAAAUUGCGAAACACUUAAGACAGUCAAUAUGAGUGAUGAAAUCAAUUGGAUUAAAGACAAAAUCAUUGAAUUGGGAAGUCCUAUGGUUUUCUCACACAACGACUUAUGUUCAGUUAAUAUAAUGGUAUUGGAGGACAAUGAGUAUAAUAAAAGUGAGGAUCAGAUAUUGAUUUGUGACUAUGAAUUUGCCUCAUAUGGCUAUAGGGGUCAGGAUAUUGGAUCAGUUAUUAAUGAAUGGGGUCGAGUGGGCACUGAUUUAGAGUCAGACGACGACUUAGUUGAUGACAAUGUUAUUAAACAAUUGCUUCUCUAUUACAUCGAUGAAAAUAUCAAAAUUUUCGGUAAAGAUUAUACAAAAAAUAUCAACAAUUCAAUGGAUCAGUUGGUCAAAGAAGUGAAAGUCUUUGCAUUAUUUAAUAAAAUUAAUUUUUCAUUGUUUUUCUUGAGAACUGAUCACGAAUCUGAUGAAUCAGCAUUUGAUGAAAAAUUAUCAUUGAAAUUAGCUGAACAACAGUUUAAAAAUUAUAUUUGUGUUAUUUAA